GUGAGCGAAGCGGAGCGGAGCGAGCCACCGUGCCCGAAGCGUGGCGAGCGAAGCGAGCCCGCGAGGGUACUUUUCGGGUACCCUGUUCGCCCGUAGCUCCUCCCCCUGCUGGUGUAGCUCCUCCCCUCAAAACGUCACAAGGUCCCUUCAGCCCCUCCGAUAUAGAACCAACCCUAUGGAUGGUGCUGCACCGAGUACAACUUCAGCUUUAGAUACAUGUCAGUAUGAAAAAGUGAAUCUCAGUGGUUUAUCAGAAUUGUCCAUCUCUGCGGCUGCAUGCUGGUGUGUGCUGAGGUCUCGCAAUGUAUCUCACUUUCACAGAGUGCUAGAUUUCUUAAAUGCCAUAUACAGAGCAACACCAGACUUGCUGCAUUUUCGUCACUAUGCAAAACUGAGCCUGGGUCUGCGUGCUGAGACUAUACUAGACCUAGUUGAUAGAAAUGGCACUACAGCAGAAACAUGGGAAGUAUUCCAACAACUAUUUCCAGAUAAUCCAUUAGAUGUUGCUCCACAUGCGACCCACAGAGAUUUGGAGAAGGUUCUGGCAGCCAACUCUAGCUUUCAAAAUCUUGUGAAUAACCUAUUUAAGGAUGAACAAUAUAGGAUGUGUUACAUGAAGGUUCAUUUAGACUUUGGAGAGCCAUUUGUUGCUGUUUUGGAGAAGCUGUUCAGAGAAUUGUUGGCCAGACUUGCCACAGCACUGCCAGAAAACAGAAGACAGGAGCUCACAUGUAUUCUAGAAACAUAUUCUGUCGGAACACAAUCUUGUUUUAAAGACAACAAGUCACUGGAAGUGUUUUAGCACAAAAUCUGGUUGAUUCUAAUUUAAAAGUUGUGCUGAAGACCUUGCAUUUAUGAAGGCUGGCUUUGAGGAGAUGAGAUUGGAGUGUGAGUAACUCUGGAAGGCAGGAGGAACUAUAUAAAGUAGUACACAAGGAAUAAGUAUUUCCUUACACAAUAAAAUACACUUUAUAAUUAAAA